AUGCCACCUCUUCCGCUGUUCGCUUAUCGGCAGCAGCCUGCAACUGUCUCAAGAGCCAUAUAUCGGCCGACGAAAGGCAGUGGUACUCGAUUUUUAGCAGCCAUUGAGACGUCAUUAGCUGAUAUGUCUGUGGAGUCCGAUCAGUUAUUUUGUCUUGGAGAUUUUAACCUUAAUUACUUGGAUUAUUCUAAUUAUCUUAGCAUGAACCUGUUUUCUAUACUGCGUUCGUUAAAUCUCAAGCAGGUAGUAACUGAACCUACUCGAAUUACGGCUAAUAGCGCCACUCUUAUUGAUCUUGUCAUUACUGAUAAUGAUUGUGAUGUUCUGAGCACUCAGGUUGUUGAUAUGCAUACUCUUACUGAUCAUUUGUUAGUGGUUUGUCGAAUUAACCUAAUGUGCAGCACCCCACCAGCAUUGGAAAGAACAUAUCGAGAUUUUAAGCACUUUUACUAUCAGUUAUUUGACCGCGACUUAAGAGCUGUCAAUUGGAACACAAUUUACAAUCUUCCUAGCAUAGAUGAUAAAGUGGAAUUUCUUACUGUAAAUAUUAUACAUUUACUAGAUGUUCAUGCUCCAGUGAAAACAUCAAAAUUUAUAAAACCAUUCGCUCCUUGGUUGACGGAUACCUUGAGGAUUAUGAUGUCAUUAAGAAAUAAAGCACUUCAACGCUUUAAACACAGUGGAUGUCCUAGUCAUUGGGAUUAUUAUAAAACCCUGCGUAACCUAACAAACACUGCAGUUAAAGCUGAGAAGAAGGCGUAUUUGGAAUUUACGUUUAAGACCAAAUCCCCAAAGACUGUAUGGCACUCGUUGAGGAAAAUGAAUAUUUGCGGUUCUUCUAGUAAUAUAUCAAUUCCACCUAAUUUGAACGACGUUAAUAAGAUUAAUGAAUACUUCGUAGAAUCGGUGAGGAGCGCAUAUGAUAAUAUUGAUAUCAUAAACAAAUAUGCCAAUAACUGCUACCACAAGGACUCUACAAGGUUUUGCUUUACUUUAGUUGAUGAGGUGAUAAUUGCUAAGAUCUUAAGUAAAAUGUCGUCCAAAUCAAGUGGCUGUGAUGAUUUACGACCAAUUACAAUAUUGCCUGCAUUGUCAAAAGUCUUAGAGAAGGUACUAGAAUACCAGUUACGGCAGUUUUUAAGUAAACAUAGCAUAUUGCCAUUGACUCAGUCAGGUUUUCGAGCGGGAUAUAGUUGUGCAACCGCACUAUGUAGUAUAGUUGAUGAUAUCGUUACCGAAACUGAUUGUGGAAAAAUCACUAUUCUGGUUCUACUUGAUUAUUCUAAGGCAUUUGACAUGUUAAGCCAUCAAGUGCUCAAUGCAAUAUUGAAAUUCAUCGGACUGGAUUAUAAUGCUUUAAAGCUUAUACGUAAUUACCUGAGUGAUAGAUGCCGAAGAGUAACUCUAAAUGGAGUGAACUCAGAGCUUACGACUGUGUCUAGAGGUGUUCCGCAAGGUUCCAUAUUAGGACCCUUGUUAUACACAGUUUAUACAUUUAAUUUAUUGACAGGACUAAAUCACUGUAAAUACCAUCUCUAUGCGGACGAUACCCAGUUGUAUUACUCUUUUACAAGAACUGAACUUGAAUCCUCUUUGGCAUGUAUCAAUGAAGAUCUAGAAAAUGUACACAAGGCAUCGGAAGAACAUUCGUUAAUAGUUAACCCUGCAAAAUCGUAUUUUAUAGUGUUCGGUGAUGACAACAUUGGCAUACACAAUAAAAUUGCAUUAAAAAUUGGCAAUGACUCAAUUCCAUCGGUGAAGUGUGUAAAAAAUGUUGGUGUGCUUAUUGAUUGUAAAUUGAGAUUUACCCAACACAUCGACAACCUUAUUGCUUCGGCUUACGGUCAAUUGAGGAGUCUUUACUCAAGUCGUCAUAUUCUUGGUACCAAACACAAGGCUGUUCUCUGUGACUCGUUGGUUCUGUCGCGAUUUAACUAUUGCGAUGUUUUGUAUGGUCCAUGUUUGUUAGCUAAAGACCGUGACAGAAUUCAGCGAGUACAGAACUCGUGCUUACGUUUCGUGUUCGGUAUCAGGAAAUAUGACAGAAUUUCGCACACCUUACCUCGACUUG